AUAUAUAUUUUUAAUAGUACAUACAUUAUUUUUUUCGAACAAAAAAUGGUAGAUAAAUCAUAUUGGUCUCGAAAUAUGCAUCGGUUGACUUUGCUAUUCUUUUUUUUCUUCAAAUUUGUCGGUCUUGCCACAUUUUCUUUAAAUAAUCAGAAAAAUUUAAACAAAAAGAACUCGAAAAAUACCAUGUUUUUUAUCAGUUCUAAACUGGGAAUACUUUACAACUUGUUUGGCAGCUGUCUAAUAAUCGCAUUGUGUUUUUACUCGAUACCAGUUAUACUUCAUUCAAAUUAUAUUCACAAAACAGUUGUUACAAAUAUCAUUGAAAUUUUCAUAAUAAUAUUAGGCUCUUUUGUUAUGAUUUCAACUUUAUUAUUUUAUUGUAUAUUUCAAUCAGUUAUCGUAAAAAUUGGAAAUUAUUUAAUUAAUAUUGAGAAUGUGUUGCGUCACUUGCAACAACCAUUAAAUCGAAAACACAUUUUUAAUGUUUUAUUUCUCAUCUGUUUAUUUAUGUUAAUCUUAUUUAUCAUUCUCUUGAUUACUGAAAUCAAAAGUUUCAAUCCUGAACCAAUACAACUAAUUGGAAAUAUUAUGCCAUUGAUCUUUGUAGCUUUGCUUUUCAUUCAAUAUUUUUUUGUGCUUAAUUUAAUAUGUGCAAUUUUUGUAAAAUUAAAUUGCAUUAUACAAAGCUUUUGUCGAAGUAGAUACGAUGAUAUAAAUUUAAAAAUUUUGAAUCAGACUCGAUGUGUGUUCAUGAGUUAUUCAAGAAUUCAUCUUUUUAUUCAAAUUCGAGACAUUUACGAUCAUCUUUGCGAUAUUUCCAGAGAAGUUUCAGACUUUUAUUCUUUUUCUAUUCUCAUAGCACUCUUUUUUAUUUUUUUGUUAAUAUUAUUCAACUCUUACUAUCUUUUUUUACUUUUUAACGGUGGAUUCAAUUUUGUACUUAUUACAAAUUCCAUAAUUUGGAUAAUAUUGCCAUUGUCUCUUCUUGCUUUGCUAACUUCGAAGGUAACCAAAGUAAUAAAUGAGAUCGAAAAAACUGGAUAUAUUAUACAUGUAUUGUUAAAUUGUACGAUCGAUCGAGAAACAAAAAUAGAGCUUGAACAAUUUUCACUUCAAUUGUUACAUCAAAAAGUGAAGUUUACAGCGAAUGGAUACUUCACAUUAGAUAAUACUCUUUUUCAUUCGAUGAUUAAUACAGUAACCACGUAUAUGGUGAUUUUGGUUCAAUUUCAAAUGGAAACUUCGAGUGAAAAUGCUAAAUUCUGCAAUUGCACGCAACGCACAUUAUAAAACAUAGUUAUCUUACAAAUUGGAUACUGUGUUUCGAUUUUUGAUACUUAGAAACAAGAUGAGAAGAGAGGAUAUAUAGGACAUGUAUUAUAUGGGA